GUCCGCCCUGCCCUCUCUGAGUUCGCUGUCGAGUGCGCCAGGGCAGCUCGGCUGAAGCAUAUAUCUUUAAUGCCCUCGCUGUUUUUGCGGCGCGGCGGCCGAGUAUUGCGCCACGGAGCCGCCGAAUAGCCGUGGAUUUACCCGGAGACGGCGAGCGGGAGAGCGGCCGACGACUUUAUUUCGCUCGGCGCCGGCAAGUUAUUGACAGAUCGGCGAAACGGCGCACACGGCGUGAGUCGCCAGCUCGCGCGAGCGCAGCGGCGCAGUUGACUUUAGUUAUAAAACAGUUGAUAUUGCGGACAACAAUUUUUGGCGCACAGGCAGCUGACACUUCACGCAACACUGCUUCGAGGAAGGGCUACUGUUGCAAAGGUUGACUGGACGUGGCGCUAUUCCUCCGAUGUUUUUCCAGCUGGGACUUAUUGGAAAUGACCUAAUCGGUGGAAAUGAUUCGCUUUUCACUACAGGAUAACGAAAUGGAUCAGGGCGGACUCAAGCGCAACGGUAAUCGAGACGACAGCCUGACAUUUGGGGAGACGGGAUCCAAAGGAGGCCGAGGUCCGGGCGACGCGGCCGCCUCGCCGCCCCAGCACCUGCCCGGCUCCGGGUCCAUGGGCCACCCCGCGGUGGCCUCCAACGGGCGGGGCCGCAUCAAGGAGCAGGGGGACUUCGGGGGCCUCUUUGAGCCGCCUCAGCAUCUGGGCCCGAGCGAGCGGCUCGACGUGAAGGAGGGUAAAGUCGGCCGGAUGCAGAAGCAGCGCCAGGACGUGGGACUGUUCAGCGUGGACGACGGCCUGUCUCUGAGCAUGUCCGACCUCGACCCGCUGUCCACCUCAGUCAUCAACACCUCUGAAACCUCGGUCCUGGGCAACCUCCCCCUGCCUGACCUCUUCCCCCAGAACAUCAAGCAGGAGGGGACCUUUUCUAUGUACAGUGUAAACCCGGGCUCCGGCUCGUGCGACCUGGACGGGAGCAGCGGCAGCCGCCUGAUUGAGGAGACGGCCAUUUGGCAGGACCUGGACCUUUCCAGCUCCCUGCCAGAGAUCAGUGAUUUUGAGCUGGAUUCGGAGGUGGCCCACUUGGAUACCAUCCUACACGAUGCCGGCGGCGCUCGCGACGGCGGCUUGCUGAAGGAGAGCAAGGCUCUGAUGGGGAACGGGACCGGCGUGAACGGCACCGAGCAGCAGCAGCCGGUGCACCAUCACCUGCUGGCGCCGCCGCAGCAGCGCCAGGUCCACCACCAGCCGCCGUCGCUGCUCUCCAGUGACAUGAUCAAGGAGGAGAAGGACCCCAGCGACGCCUUCAUCCCCAUCUGUACUCCGGGCGUGAUCAAACAGGAGCGCGAGGACGGCGCCGGCUUCUGCCAGACGCAGUGCCUCCAGGGCGGCAUGGGCGCCCUCCAAGGAGGAGGCCCCAUGUCCUCCAUGGGCGUCGGCGGAGGGCCGGCUUACGCCUACAGAGCCCCGUCCUCCUCCAGAGUGGACCUUCAGGAUCAGAAGCCUUUCGGCCUGUUCCCAAACCUGCCGUCCGCGGCCGAGAGCUGGGCCCGGGAGAGCCGGCACGGGGAGUGGCCCGGGAUGCCGCGGGGGGGCGACGGGCUGCCCUCCGCCCCGGCCUCGUCGGGCUUCUCUGUCAACUUCUCCAACUCGUCCCCCCGAGCGGCGGACACCGGCAGCUCCGCGGGGCCCGGCCCGUCCAAGGCCGGCGGAGCCGCACACAAGAUCUGCCUGGUGUGUUCUGACGAGGCGUCCGGGUGCCACUACGGGGUGGUGACCUGCGGCAGCUGCAAGGUCUUCUUCAAGCGGGCCGUGGAAGGAUGGAGAGCACGGCAAAACACAGAUGGCCAACACAACUACCUGUGUGCAGGCAGGAACGACUGCAUCAUCGACAAGAUCCGCAGGAAGAACUGUCCCGCCUGCCGCUUCAGGAAAUGCCUCCAGGCCGGCAUGAAUCUGGAAGCGAGGAAAAACAAGAAGCUGAUUAAGAUGAAAGGAGCCAACCAGCAGCCCGGGCCCCUGGAGCCCGUCAGCGCCCUGCCCGUCCCAGUCAUCCCCAGGUGCAUGCCCCAGCUGGUGCCCACCAUGCUGUCGGUGCUCAAGGCCAUCGAGCCAGAAAUCAUCUACUCCGGCUACGACGGCACCCUUCCCGACACGUCCUCGCGCCUCAUGUCCACGCUCAACAGGCUCGGGGGGCAGCAGGUCGUGUGUGCGGUCAAGUGGGCCAAGUCCCUGCCAGGCUUCCGUAACCUGCACCUGGACGACCAGAUGACGCUGCUGCAGUGCUCCUGGCUCUUCCUCAUGUCCUUCAGCCUCGGCUGGAGGUCGUACGAGCAGUGCAACGGGAGCAUGCUGUGCUUCGCCCCCGACCUCGUCAUCAACCAGGAGCGCAUGAAGCUGCCCUUCAUGACCGACCAGUGCGAGCAGAUGCUGAAGAUCUGCAACGAGUUCGUCAGACUGCAGGUGUCCUACGACGAGUACCUGUGCAUGAAGGUCCUGCUGCUGCUCAGUACAGUGCCCAAAGAUGGUCUGAAGAGCCAGGCGGUGUUCGACGAGAUCAGGAUGACGUACAUCAAGGAGCUGGGGAAAGCCAUCGUCAAGAGGGAGGAGAACGCCAGCCAGAACUGGCAGCGCUUCUACCAGCUGACUAAGCUACUGGACUCCAUGCAGGAGAUGGUCGAGGGCCUCCUCCAGAUCUGCUUCUACACCUUCGUGAAUAAGACCCUCAGCGUGGAGUUCCCGGAGAUGCUGGCGGAGAUCAUCACCAACCAGAUACCAAAAUUCAAAGACGGGAGCGUCAAGCCGCUGCUGUUCCACCAGAAGGGACUGCCUUAAACUGUGAAGCCAUGCCUUAACGUGGGCCCCGCCCAGCUUCUGCCCCGAGCCCCAGCUACGCCUCGGUUGCCCGCCGAUUCCAUCCCUUCAGGAGAACAUUUUCACCCGACUAGGAAUUCUGCCAUGACCUCACAGCGACUAAUCCAGAUGUGGCCGCGGUUCAGCGAGGCCGUGCGGCCGUCGCUCUCGGCCGACGCCGACCGGCGAGUCGGUCUGUUGGCUCCAAACGACUUGUGAGCAGGACACAUUUUGGAGAAUCUAUUAUUUUGGACCCGACCUCCGUCCACGACCUGUGGUGUCAUCAGUUUUCACCCGCCUCCUGCUCUCGCCUCCGGACUCUCAUCGCUGUUUUCAUUAAUCAGACGCCCACGAUUCCCGGCCACUAAAGCUGCCCAGCCUCUGGAUCCGGCUCCGGCCCCGGGUUCGAGCCCUCCCUUCUUCUGCUCACCUGCCUGGCUUGCCUCCGUUUGCCCUCCCCGGCUCAAUGUAAUGACUGUUCACGUGUGGUUUUCAACGAAAAGGGCAACCCAAAAAUUCGAAACCUAUUGUGGCAUGAGAGAAGAUUCUUUCCCACCUCCGGACCCAACGAGGAUGAAAAGUUUCCUGCCGUGAAUCAGACGUCACUUCGUAUAUGAAACCAAUCAAAUUCAUACAUCUGACUAAUGGGAAAAAAAAAGAAUAUUCUCAAUUUAUUUUAUGCAGACCUGUAUUUUUGACCACACAUGCAAAGCUACACUUUGUGGCACACACUCAAAGAUGUUUACACAGAAUGUAUCAGAGAAGGGAAAACCAGUGCCUUUUAGCUUGUACAGCUCUACCUGAACCGUUUAUUGCGUUAGUAUCAAACAUUUCACUCACAGUACGUUCUCUCUGAACGCUGGCGAUGGCCUGUUUCUGACAUGGCAGGUCUUUGCUCCGAUGGAAUGAACCGCUUAGAAACCUGUAGUGCAAUGUAAAAUGCUAAUAUCUUAAAUUGUAGGUCUUAACCUAGUCUAGUCUUUUACCGGCUAAUUCACAAGCUCGCGUUUAACCAACGACACAAAAUUAAAAGCUUGUAAGAAGCUUAGUGCUAAAUGGACACUACUGGAAUGAAACAUGACAGACUGGCUCCUUUAAACAUUCCAAGACUUUAGAUCUUAUAAUAUCAGCGAGUGGCUAAUUGGAAUGAAAUUUGUUUACAAAUAUUUUGCAAUUUCUUCAAAUGCAUUUGCGCAGAUACUUUUUUUUUUUAAGUACAAAAAAAUCGGAAAAAAACACAUCCGCGCUGUUUCUGCGUCACUGCGGUCCUGCAGAUCCCAGUUGGAUCCAUCAUGAGGUCAUAGUUCAUGCGACGUUAUUUUUGAAAUAGGCUUUCAUAGAGCUGCACUGCAGAGGAGCGUCGUAACCGGGGAGCGAUGGACUGGUUGAACGUUUGAAUGUAAUGCUAAAUAAUUCCUAAACAUCUAAGAAAUGUAUUUAUAUAAACCCAGAUAGGUUUUUAAGAGUGUGACGCAAAUACAGAGGUAAUUAGAUUCACAGUUAUAAUUCUAUAGCUUAUUAGUCAGUUGUUAGUAAGCUCAACGUUAAAGAGGUAAAUAUAUAUUUAUUUACACCCACCUCAGAUUUCUCUACAAGAUUGCACAUGGAAAGUCAAAACCUUUUAGCGAUUUGUGAAUUACAGCUCAGGCUCCGAUUGCUCACGUCGGCUGGAUGUGUCCCACUAGUGCCAAACGUACCUGUAAAGUUUUCUACGUCUUUAUUUUCUAGAAAUGUGAAAGAGUGAUGAUUUGACGUCACGCGGCAACUUCAGGUCGCUCCGGUGUGAGAAAGCUGUCCGUUCCGUGUCACACCUACACCAGCUCAAAAGUACUGAUUGUCGUUUGAGUAUGAUUUUAUUUUUUUUUUAUUUUAUUUUUAGGAGGACGAUGCACAAAUUAAUGUAUUUUUAAAGUAAAGCAGAACUUUCUUCUGGCAAUCAUUUGUAAUGUAAUAGCAUGAUUGUACCAGCUUAUGUCAUAGCCAAAGCAGGAUAGAUUUACAGCGGAGUCGCACACUGCACAAGCCCCCCGCCCUCACCCGCCUCCCCCCGCCCUCACCCGCCUCCCCCACCCCUGCCCAUAAUAGACAUUAUUCUUCUUCACUGCCUAAAAUGUCGAGCGUAUAGAUUUUCCGCCGCCAACCCUGAAUGGCAGUUAGCGGAGCAGGUAGGCGGUUGCCAUGGCGACUGGUCAUCUGCACGUUGCCUGAAGUUAAGGCCACAGCAGGAUGUAGGUGUGCAUGAGCAGUGUUCUUCUGUCACUCGGCCGCUGGUGUCGCGCCUGUGGCUCCGGCCCAAAGCGCGGCCUCUCGGAGCCGCGGCGGUUCAGCUGCAGUACUUUGACAUCGCUGCUCAUUUCUAUAUGGCCAUAGGUAUAAACAGUCCAUAUGUAACAGCGACAUAUCCAGUGCAACGUUAACACUGUUAUUUAAAAUGUUUUAUAUAGACGUAACCUCUACACACACGUUUUCACUUUUACCACAUUUCAGCCUCAUGUUCGAUUAAAGGCCUUGAAAAAGGGAGACAGAGAGCCAUAGAAAUAAGAUUUAAAAUCAGGAACUAGUUAAACCCUUAACUCACAGCUUUUGAAGAUCGAUCUGUUGUGUAAAAAAAACAAAAACAUAUUUUCUGUGAUUUUGAAAACAUCAGCUUGAUCCACUUUGAUAAUUUUACGCAAUUCUGUUUUUAUACUUUGAAUGUGCCGAGAGAGUAAAUAUUUUUUUUUCCUGUUCAUUGGUUUGUGUUUGAUAAAGUUAGUUGUGUUGAAUAUGUUAGGAAGUGUUAAACACGUCUGUCUUGUGAAGUACAUGUAAAUUCUUCAAUGGGAAAAGUCCACAAGAACGCUCACUGUGUUUUUAAUCGUGGGGGGGGGGGGGGGUUGGAGGGACUGGAGGGGGUCCGUGUUGUCACAGUGACCAAAGCAGAAAGAAAAAAAAUGUAAGAAGUAUUCAAGCAGUUACAUUAUAAGUAGCACUUAUUUACCAACUUACGUAGUACUUCUUUUAUUUAAAUGGUAUCUUUUGUAAAAGUCUAGGCUUUGGAUCCCUUGUAUAUUGCUGUGAGCAUUUACUGGUCACUUUAAAAACAAAAAAAAAAGAAAAUGGAUGAAAAAAAAGUUGAUCUCUGCGUGAAUCUGCCAGAGUCUGAUGGAAUUGCACUACCCACAUACUGGUUGAUAGUCUAUUUUGUAUAAAAUACAUGCAAAUAUUAUCUUUAAGAUUAAGGGCAGAUCAUGUUUCACUGGUAUAUAUGGCUAAUGGCUUUCAUUAAAAUCUGUUUUACUCAUAUUUCAGUUAUGUAAAUGUAAUCCAACUUAAAACAAACAAAACAUUUGUUUUAAAAAAAAACAAUAGUUUGUAUUACACCGCUUCUGUAGUCAGUGUCAAUAUUUCCACCUAUUUGAUUAAAUGUUGAAGUUAUGUGUCGUUCCUUGACAUUGGAUUUGGCAUCGUGUCGGCAACAUCACUGAUGAGGUUUUUCUCAUCACUUGUUAAAAGUGAAAAUUCAGAAGAACUGAUUUUUCUUUGGUUCAGACAUCUUACACAAUAAAGUAUCCUGUUUUUCAACUCAA